AUACUUCAAUCAAAUCGCAAGAGAUGAAAGUUCAUCAAGCCUGAAGGAUCCGUAUAAUUCUCCUUCAUUAUUGAAAUUGUAAACAACUUAUCCAAAUCGUGAUUGUGGUACCUCGGGUUCACAGUUGUGCAUUCUAGCUCCGCAGGUUUUGGGUUUAAGUAGCAGGUGGUACACUUAUUGAUCGCUCGUGACACAUGGCAACUAGAAUCAGCAGCUUCAAAACUCGCGGCCAGACCUGCCACCUGUAAACUCGCCGCUCCUGCCACAGGUAAACUUCCGUAAUAACCCAAUCGCAGGCAUAGGACUGGAGCGUUGCUGCAAUUUACUACGACGUGGAGCCUCAGCGUGACUUCGGACCCCGGGACAAGUGGCAGUGUUCCCCUCUUCCAUUUCACUUCUCAUGCACUAUAAAUCCUCACCCUGCUCAUCAUUUCCAGCCACAAAAGUUCACUCUCUACACAUACUCACAAAUAUCAGCCACCUCUCCACUUCUUCCGCAUUGUUCAGUCCGCACUUCUCUUUUGUUAGCACCUGAAGAACCACAGAUCCAGCGAGCACCAGGACAUUAUCGACCUCACGUUCCUACAGAAUACUCAAAAUUACCACAAUGGCAGCGAUCAUGGCAUCAUUGACAGUUGCUGCAGAGGGACUCAGGAGUGCUCCUCUGUCGUCCAGUUUGAAAAGGUCUUCCUCGUGCCAGUCCAGCUUCGGCAACGUGAGAACACCUUUGGCCCCGGGCAGAUGGACUUCAAUCAGAUGCGAAGGGAUCAGGGAGGCUGUGGACAAGACCACGAAGAAGGAGAUCACCAGAGAAGAGAUUCUGCAAAACCAAGAAGUAAACGAGUCUGAGAAGCAGUCGGUGUUCGGUGCGAAGCCCACAUCCGGCUCCUUCUACCCCCGCCCUGAGGUCGAAAGGCGUCCGGAAACCGGUGACAAGAGCCUUGACAGCAUCUUCGCGUUUGAUGGCGCCGCACCUGAAACCAUCAAUGGCCGACUGGCGAUGGUUGGAAUUGUGUGGGCUGCUGUAGCGGAGAAGAUGAGCGGUCUGACGGUGUUCGAUCAGCUGUAUACGCAAGGGACUGGGCUGGUGUUCUAUGUGGCGCUGGUGCCGCUGAUUGCCUACGCGUCCAUCGUGCCCAUGCUGAACGGCGAGUCGACGGACGCGCGGAGCUUCGGGCCUUUCACGGCCAGGGCCGAGCGCUGGAACGGGCGCCUGGCCAUGCUCGGAUUCCUGUCGCUGCUGCUCACGGAGAACUUCAUCCACGCGCCCGUCUUCCGCUCUUUCUUCUAGAUGCCCACAAAAUUUGAUGACAAGAAUCUUGUUAUUACAGGAGAUGAUUGUAAAGUAGUAGGUUGUACAUUACCAGUCUCAUAAUCAGUAUUAGUUAAUUCGAGCUCGUUGAGCAUAUUAUUUUAAAUCUAGUACACAGCUCAAUUGAAUAAAAGCACGCUCCUGUAUUCUUAA